UGAGUCAUUUGAAUCAUAUCAUAAAAUAAUCAACCCACACGAGCAUCAUCUUGUCAGCUUGUCAAUGCCUCAAGUAGACAAUGAUGAUGGAACUACGUGUUCAUAUAUUAUAUCUGAACACACAUGCAUGCACAUGCACAAGCUUAACUACAUUAUCAUUAUCACAUAAUCACAAGUUAAUGAGAGUGUGGCAGGAGGGGGACAUUGCACAGACAUUGCUGAUCAUCAAUUCAAUUAUCACCUCUUUGCCAGAGGAUGAGACUCCUCACAUAUCCCUCUACUGUUGAUAUAUAUAUUGAAGUAGAUUGACAAAAAAGCUUAAACACAUCUCUUCUCUCUCGCUCUCUCUCCCUCGAAAGACUUUCUCUUCUGGAAACCAAUACUGAAGCAAAACAAUGGCAGUUACUCACCAUGUCCGCUCAAACAGCUUUCCGUCGAGGCCACACCCACAAGCUGCUCUUGUAGAGGAUCAUUUGAUCCGACUGCGAUCCUCUAAGGCAGCGUCUACAUCAUCUUCCUCUUCCAUCUGCCAGAGAUUAAACGGCCUUCAAGAUUUGCACGUUUCCAUUUACGAUCUGCUUCAACUACCAUUCACCCAACAAUCUCUGGCUCAAGAGCACAACAAGAAAUCCAUGGAACAGAUUCUUGAUGGUUCUCUCAGGCUCCUGGAGGUCUGCAACAUCGCCAAGGAUGCUUUGUCUCAGACUAGAGAGGGUCUGAAUGACAUCCAAUCUAUUCUGAGAAGAAAGAGAGGAGAUUUAACAAGCGAGGUGAAGAAAUACUUAGCCUCGAGAAAGUCGCUAAGGAAGUCACUGGAGAAAGUGAUGAAGGGUUUGAAGGCCACUGAGAAUCAAAGCAGCAAUGAUGAAGCUUUGGCUGUGUUGGAAGAAGCUGAAGCUGAAACCAUCUCUGUGUUCGAUAUUCUUCUGCGAUUCAUCUCCAGCUCCAAAACCAGAAAAUGGUCAUUGGUUUCAAGGCUGAUGAAGCAGAGAAGAGUUUCAUCAUGUGUAGGAGAAGUCACUGAAGUAAAUGAAUUUGAAGAAGUGGAAAAAGAAUUCACCAUGUUUGUCGAGAAAAAGUCGAAGCAAUCCUUCAAAAUGGAUGAUGUUCAGAAGCUUAGAGAUGAGCAUUCAAGAUCUUGAAGAGGGACUUGAAACACUCUUUAAAUCCCUGAUUAGAGUUAGAUCAUCUGUACUAAAUAUGUGA